AUGACUUCAUGUGCUGUAAGAUUUUGUUAUAAUAAAUUAUCAAAAACUAAAAAUAUUAAAUACUUCAGAUUUCCAACAGAUCCAUUGAGGUGUAAACAAUGGAUUGAAAACUGUAAAAUAUACCAUUUAUUGAGAAAAGAUCCUGCUGUUCUACAAAGAAGUUAUAGAGUAUGCAGUGUACAUUUUGAAAAUAAAAUGUUUUUAAAUCAAAAUACAAAAAAUCGUUUAACAGCAGAUGUACCAACAUUAUUUAGCGAUAAGAUUUUAUUUAAGAAUUUAUUAUAAUAAAAAUGUAUAAUAAAGUUAAAUAUUCAACUAAAAAAUUAUAGA